GGAUUGUUGGGGGCGCCGAUAGGAUGUGACGCACUUUCCGAGGAAUUUCUGCGGCAGCUAUAAAACACCUGAAGCGAUAGUGGACCUGCACUGGUGAAGAUAACAUGGGCACUGAGUCAGAGAAUAACGGCGUGCUUAAAGAGGGAUUUUUAGUGAAAAGGGGCCAUGUGGUUCAAAACUGGAAAGUUCGUUGGUUUGUACUUAAAUCGGACAAACUUCUGUAUUAUAAAUAUGAAGGCGGCAAACGGGAUUCCUGUCAUCGAGGGACGAUACCGCUGAAUAACUGCAAAAUCAUCUGUCCUUACCUGGAGUACGAAAACAGACCGUUGGUGCUGAAGCUGCAGACCAGCACUUCAGAGGAGCAUUUUCUGGAGGCUUGCAUGAGGGAGGAACGUGACGAAUGGGCUGCGGCGAUUGGUGCAGCGGUACAUAAGCUUAACCCAUGUGAUGCACAGACCCCCUCUCCAUCACAAAUUAAAGGUUCUGCGUCACUCCAGCUUCACAAUGUCAACCUCAGUCAGGUGGUGGACUCCAUGUAUGAUGUGCACACUGGUAUCCGGCUAUGCAGUAAUGUUGAGCAGGGCAGCUCUUACACCAACUGUUUCUCAGGCUCAGCAGUGGUGGAUUGGCUUGUGUUUAAUAAAUUGGCAUUGACCCGUACGGAGGCAGUAACAUUAGCCUCUGCACUGCUGGAUGAGGCCUCCCUGCGGCCCAUCGGGGUCAGGAGCGCAGACGCUCUCCGUAACGCUGCUCUAGGAGAACAGUUCCUCGAUGACUCCUCUGCACUCUACUGCUUCUCCCAAAGCUUCCAUAAGCGAGGCAGUGUGAAAGCAGAAAAGUCUCGGUCUGCGGUGGAGCUGAGUGGAAAGGUGGUGAAGAGAGGUUACCUGCUCAAACAGGGGCACAAGGUGAAGAACUGGAAGGUGAGAUUGUUUGUUCUGAGGGCAGAGCCUUGUUUCCUGCACUACUAUGACCCCAGCAAGGAUGACAUCACUCCGGUUGGCGGUAUAUCUCUGCGUGGCUGUCUGGUGUCUGCCCUCGAUGAUAACGGCGUACCGUCAGGUGUUAAAGGUAAAGUGCAGGGGAACCUCUUUAAAAUCAUCACUCAGACGGAGACACACUAUUACAUGCAGGCUCCAACACACGAGGAGAGGAUGGACUGGAUCCAAGCUAUUAGAAAAGUGACUUAAUUAUGCUACACACUUUGGGUUAGUUCAGUCAAAAAUGACAUUUCUGUCAUUAAUUACUCACCCUCAUGUCGUUCCAAACCCGUAAGACCUUUGUUUGUCUUCAGAACACAAAUUAAGAUAUUUUUGAUGAAAUACGGGGGUAUCUGUCCAUACAUAAGGCAGCAACGACAUUGCUUUUGAGGUACAGAAAGGUACUAAAGACAUUGUUAAAACAGUCUACAUGACUAGUGGUUCAACCUUAAUAUUAUGAAGAGACGAGAAUACUUUUUGUGCAAAAAAACCAAAACAAAAAUAACGUUGUUAAUAAAGUUGUUAUUUUUUUGUUUUGUUUUUGCACACAAAAAGUAUUCUCGUCUCUUCAUAAUAUUAAGGUUGAACCACUGUUUCAUUUUUCGGUGAACUAACCCUUCAAAGGUCAUUGUUGGUAUUGUUAUUGUUAGCUUUAUUGUUAACAUUGUUAGUAUCGGUAUUGUUAACUAACAUAAAAAAUAUAUAAUUAGUUAUGUGCAAUCAAAAUAAAAUAUAUAGUUUUGUACAGCUGAUAAAUAAAUAUUAUUAUAAAAUAUAUAUUAAAUAAUAAUAACAAUACACUUGGGGCCAGCAUGAGGCCUCAUUCUAGUUAGCACAUAGAAUAUUUUAAUAUAUUUCUGAUUUUCCAAAAGUUCAGGAUGUAUUUUGUGCAUGAGUUUGUUGACAUAUUGUAAGGGGGUAAAGCUUAUACAUUCAGUGAAUGUACUAUGAAAGCAUGAUGUUGAUCAGUGUGAAUGUUUUUUAUGUCAAAUUUUGCAAAAUAAAUGUUUAUUUUACUUUGA